GAAACUGCACCAGACUCCGCCCCACUCUGUAGAGAGAGCCAAUCAGGAAGCAGCCCGGGCUGAUCGCGUGUUCUGUGUCAUGGCGGCCUGCAGGCAAUGUUGCUCGUGCCUCCGGCUCCGGCCGCUGGGCGAUAGUCCCCUUCGUCUGCCAGGGAGGGAUCGGGUACUCACUCGCUUGCAGGUGCGAGCACUAUGGGGUGGCGCUGGAUCGCGAGCUGUGGCGGUGGAAUUAGGUAACAGAAAAUUAGAAAUAUCCUCUGGGAAACUGGCCAGAUUUGCAGAUGGCUCUGCUGUGGUACAGUCAGGUGAUACUGCAGUAAUGGUCACAGCAGUCAGUAAAACAAAACCUUCACCUUCUCAGUUCAUGCCUUUGGUGGUUGACUAUAGACAGAAGGCUGCUGCAGCAGGUAGAAUUCCCACAAACUAUCUUAGAAGAGAGAUUGGUUCUUCUGAUAAAGAAAUUCUUACUAGUCGUGUAAUAGAUCGUUCAAUUAGACCACUCUUUCCAGCUGGCUACUUUUAUGAUACACAGGUCCUUUGUAAUUUAUUAGCAGUUGAUGGUAUUAAUGAGCCUGAUGUUCUAGCAAUUAAUGGUGCUUCUGUAGCCCUCUCAUUAUCAGAUAUUCCUUGGAAUGGACCUGUUGGAGCAGUACGAAUAGGAAUGAUUGAUGGAGAAUGUGUUGUUAACCCAACACGAAAAGAAAUGUCUUCUAGCACAUUAAAUUUAGUGGUUGCUGGUGCACCUAAAAGUCAGAUUGUCAUGUUGGAAGCCUCUGCAGAGAAUAUUCUGCAGCAGGAUUUUUGCCAUGCUGUCAAAGUGGGAGUGAAAUAUACCCAACAAAUAAUUCAAGGCAUCCAGCAGUUGGUAAAAGAAAUUGGUGUUACCAAGAGGACACCUCAGAAGUUAUUUAUCCCUUCACCAGAGAUCAUAAAGCACACUCAUAAGCUUGCCAUGGAAAGACUGUAUGCAGUUUUUACAGAUUAUGAACAUGAUAAAAUCUCUAGAGAUGAAGCUGUUAACAAGAUACGAUUAGAUACAGAGGAACAACUAAAAGAAAAAUUUCCAGAGGCUGAACCAUAUGAAAUAAUAGAAUCAUUCAAUGUUGUUGCAAAGGAGGUUUUUAGAAGUAUUAUUUUGAAUGAAUACAAAAGGUGUGAUGGCCGAGAUUUGACUUCACUUAGGAAUAUAAAUUGUGAGGUAGACAUGUUUAAAAUUCUUCAUGGAUCAGCAUUGUUUCAAAGGGGACAAACACAGGUGCUUUGUACUGUGACAUUUGAUUCUUUAGAAUCCAGUAUUAAGUCAGACCGAAUUAUAACAGCUAUAAAUGGGGUAAAAGAUAAAAAUUUCAUGCUACACUAUGAGUUUCCUCCUUAUGCAACAAAUGAAAUUGGCAAAGUGACUGGUAUAAAUAGAAGAGAACUUGGGCAUGGUGCUCUUGCUGAGAAAGCUUUGUAUCCUGUUAUUCCCAAAGAUUUUCCUUUCACCAUAAGAGUCACCUCUGAAGUGCUAGAGUCAAAUGGGUCAUCUUCUAUGGCAUCUGCAUGUGGUGGCAGUUUAGCCUUAAUGGAUGCAGGGGUUCCAAUUUCAUCUGCUGUUGCAGGUGUAGCAAUAGGAUUGGUCACCAAAAAUAAUCCUGACAAGGGUGAAAUAGAAGACUAUCGUUUGCUGACAGAUAUUCUGGGAAUUGAAGAUUACAAUGGUGACAUGGAUUUCAAAAUAGCUGGCACUAAUAAGGGAAUAACUGCAUUACAGGCUGAUAUUAAAUUACCUGGAAUACCAUUAAAAAUCGUGAUGGAGGCCAUUCAACAAGCCUCAGUGGCAAAGAAGGAGAUACUACAGAUAAUGAACAAAACUAUUUCAAAACCUCGGUCAUCUAGAAAAGAAAAUGGACCUGUUGUAGAAGCCGUUCAAGUUCCAUUAUCAAAAAGAGCCAAAUUUAUUGGACCAGGUGGAUAUCAUUUAAAAAAACUUCAGGCCGAAACUGGAGUAACUAUUAGUCAGGUGGAUGAAGAAACAUUUUCUGUAUUUGCACCAACACCUAGUGCUAUGCAUGAAGCAAGAGACUAUAUUAGUGAAAUCUGCAAAGAUGAUCAGGAGCAACAGUUAGAAUUUGGAGCAGUUUAUACUGCCACAAUAACUGAAAUCAGAGACUCUGGAGUAAUGGUUAAACUGUAUCCAAAUAUGACAGCAGUACUACUUCAUAACACACAACUUGAUCAACGAAAGAUUAAACAUCCUACUGCCCUAGGUUUAGAAGUUGGUCAAGAAAUUCAGGUGAAAUACUUUGGACGGGAUCCUGCUGAUGGAAGAAUGAGACUUUCUCGCAAAGUGCUCCAGUCUCCAGCUACAACUGUUGUCAAAACCCUAAAUGACAGAAGCAGUAUUGUUAUGGGAGAAUCCAUUUCACAAUCAUCAUCUAAUUCUUCCCCAUGAAUUUUUUAAAAAGAAUUCUAGUGCUGUUCCAUAGAGCAAAAUUCUAGUAGUGUCUUCUAAUGUGCAAAUUUAUAUAUAGUAUAAAUAUAUUCUAAUUAUUUGUA